AUGGCUUCCCUGUCCAAGAAGGCGUCUGUCGCAAACUUGGGAGCGCCCAAGAAGGGCGGCAAGGCAGUCACCAUCGACCAGGCCGAGCUGCGCGAUCUGGUCGACUUUACCAACCUCGAGGACUUUGACCUCUCGCAGGGCGCACGAUUUUUGCUGCGAAACGGCGAGCUGCGUUCCGUCACGGUGGACGUGCCACCGUACCACUCGGCGCUUGCCAAGCUCAAGGACUUGAACAGCAUUGAGGGCAUUGCGGCCACCCCGGACAUCCCAGUCCCACAGUCGCCGUCCUCGAAGGGCGAGUCCAAGGACGCAGGCCUCAACAAGGGCGAGAAGCAUCGCGGCGGCGUGCAGCUGCUCUUGUUCAGCGACAUUCUGUUCUGCUACAAGGCCGGCAAGGGCCCCGCAAAGACCAAGACUGGCGCACCGAAGGGCGUCCCUGUCGGCUUCCCGAUUCUUCUCAAGAGCAUGGUCUUGCAAGAGACGCCGUCGAACGUUCACGACCACGCACUCAAGUUUGACGUGCGCUUUGGCGAGUCCUUCCACUACACGUUCAAGUGCUCGUCCGAAGCAGACAAGAAGGAGUGGAUUGCAGCCAUCUUUGGCGUGGUUGACUGGCUCAAGUCGGUCUACCGAUGGACGCUUUCUGCACCCAGCAAGAAGCACACCGAGGUCCGAGUUGCAGAGACGGCCUUCCCCAAGACCAAGUGGGUCCCGGAAGGCGACGCCGAGGCCGACGCCGACCUCUCGAGCUUCCAGCACUCGGAAGGUGACUCGUCCGUCGAGUCAUCGAGCGUCUACUCUGCCGUUUCCGCGGCCAUGUCCGAGGCCGCUGCCAACUCUGCUGCCAGCGCAGCGUCUGGCCGUCACAACAGCACCGAGGAUGCAGCCCUGUCGAACGAAUCGAGCUCAAAUAGCCUUGCUGCGUCGGCGGCUGCCGCGGCCGCUGCGGCUGCAUCGGCGGCACCUGGCUCUCCCGAGCCCCAUGUGUCGGAGGAAUCUGGCAGCGACACCAUGAAACGCCAAAACGUCAAGCGUCACCUUUCCGAAUCAACCCUUGUCACGUAUCGCGCGGCCAACGGCGCGACUGUCAAGGACCCCGCAGCCCCAGCAUCGGGUGGCGCGCAUGCAGUAAUAUCGGGACGCCGUGGCUCGACCUUCUACAUGUCCAUGUCCAAGCGCAUGCGCGACAAGAAGCAGGAGGCCAGCGUCAUCUUUGGCGACCAGGUCAACCCUGUCGACGAAGAAAUGCUCGCGGCGCAAAUCACGGAUCCGUUCCUCGCUGCCGCAACCCAAGAUCCCAAUGUGCGCACCGUCUAUGUCUACGAGAACGGCAAGCAGGUCAUGGUGCUCCAGUCCACCGAAGGAUCUGUUCUGGCCCCGACCGUUCUCGCCGGUCUGCCCACCAACCUUGUCGAGCGUCUGGCCGAUGAGAAUGAGCUCGAGCCCGGCUACGUUGACGUCGUCUUGCUGACCUAUCGCCAAUACAUGGAGCCGAUGGACCUGUUCGACAUGCUCGUCGGUCGCUUUAACAUUCUGCCCGAAGAAAAUCCGACCGCAGAAGACAUGCAGUACUACCAAAAGUGGAAGCGUCCAAUUCAAACCAAGGUGCUCAAGGUGCUUUUGGAGUGGACGCAGCACCACUGGCCCGAUUUCAAGGACAACACUCGGCUGUACCAGGCGCUGCACGACUUUGUCCCCGAAAUUCUGCAUUCCGGCUACACGAUCGCCUACAAGUACAUCAAGGACACGCUCGACAAGAACGAUGCCGACUGGGAGAAAACUCUGGCCUCUGCCGAGGCGCUCAACACGGAGCGCAAAGUCAAGGUCCUCGAUUCGAUUGUCACCCAACUCGAGGCGAAGGACUUGGCCGAGCAAAUGACGCUGUUCGACUCUGGUCUCUAUCAAAACAUUCAUCCGCUCGAGUUUGUGCACCAGCUAUGGACUCCCAAGGACCGCGAGCGCACGCAGUAUGCGCCCUUCCUCAGCAACUUUAUUCUCCGCUUUGACACUGAGAGCUUCUGGGUGGCUUCGGAGAUUGUGUACGGCGGUCGCGAUGCCAAGUCGCAAGCCGAUCUGAUUGCCAAGUUCAUCAUGGUCGCCAAGCACUGCCUCGCCCUCAACAACUUUUACUCUGUCUUCUCUGUCAUGGGUGGCUUGCACUUCCCAGUCAUCCGAAAGCUGAAGGCCGCUUGGGACUUGUUGCCAGCAGCGGUGAUCAAGGCCAAGGAGCGCAUCGAGCAGAUUAUGAACCCCAGCCGCAACAUGCGUGCCUACCGCGAGGCAAUCGCGAACAUUAAGCCAAACGAGCCAGUGCUUCCUUUCCUCCCCGUCUACUUGAAAGAUCUCGUGUUUAUCAACGACGGCAACCCCAGGCUCGUCAACGAAAUGGUCAACUUUGACAAGCUUCGCAUGAUUUCCAAGAUUAUCUACAAGAUGUACGAUUAUGGCCGCGACCAGUACAAGACCCUCGAGCCAAAGCACCACGUCCAGAACUACCUGCAGAAUGCCCGCAUUAUUCGUGACUUGCCAACGCUCAACAAGCAAAUGAAGAUGCCAUUGGCGUAG